CGAUGAUAGUAACGACUAGUUUUUGCUUUGUCCAUUUUCUGUUAAUAGUUUUAACAAAAAAAUCCACUCAAGUUAACCUGAUCUUCUCAUGCACAACUCUUUUUUUUUUCUGUUGUAUGUACAUAGUUAAGCUAGUAUAUAUAACGCACUACUUUACUCUAAUCCUUUAGAAACAUAUCCAAAAAAACGCAAGAAGUUAAAGCUCAUAAGAAGGCUCCUCCCAUGGCGGAUAAAAGUUCUUCACUUCCUCCUCUUUGCGAAAGGAUCUCAUACAAAAGCCGUUCUCUAAGAGCUGUGGAUCUCACGAUUCUCGGGCUUCUCUUUUCUCUUCUAUUGUAUCGAAUUCGACAUAUGAGCCAAAACGACACCGUUUGGGUCGUGGCUUUCCUAUGUGAAUGUUGUUUCACUUUCAUAUGGCUGCUUAUUACUUGCACAAAAUGGAGUCCUGCUGAACAUAAACCAUAUCUAGAUAGACUUGAUGAAAGGGUUCAUGAGCUUCCAUCGGUAGAUAUGUUCGUAACCACGGCGGAUCCGGUUCGCGAGCCACCGAUUCUUGUCGUGAACACCGUGCUUUCGCUGUUAGCUGUGAAUUAUCCGGCGAAUAAACUAGCAUGUUAUGUUUCAGACGAUGGAUGCUCAGCUCUCACUUACUUCUCUCUCAAGGAAGCUUCUAAGUUCGCCAAGAUUUGGGUUCCUUUCUGCAAGAAAUACAACGUUAGAGUUAGAGCUCCUUUUAGAUAUUUUUUGAACCCUGUAGACGCAAAAGAGGAUUCAGAAUUCAGUAGGGAUUGGGAAAUGACAAAGAGGGAGUACGAGAAGUUAGUGCAGAAAGUGGAAGACGCCACCGGAAAUUCUUAUUGGUUGGAUGCUGGCGAUGAUUUUGAAGCUUUGUCAAACAAAAAACCAAGUGACCAUUCAACUAUAGUGAAGGUGAUAUGGGAGAACGAGGAAGGUGUGGGAGACGAGAAAGAGGUCCCUCAUUUUGUUUACAUUUCAAGAGAGAAAAAACCGAAUUACCUUCAUCAUUACAAAGCUGGAGCCAUGAACUUUUUGGUAAGAGUGUCAGGGUUGAUGACAAAUGCACCGUACAUGCUGAACGUAGACUGCGACAUGUACGCGAAUGAAGCAGACGUAGUGCGGCAAGCAAUGUGUAUAUUUAUGGAAGGAUCUAUGAAUCCAAACCAUUGUGCUUUUGUUCAGUUCCCUCAAAAAUUCUAUGAUUCUAACAGCGAUGAAAUCGUCGUCUUACAAUCAUAUGUGGGACGAGGUUUUGCGGGAAUCCAAGGACCAGUUUAUGCAGGGUCUGGAUGUUUCCACACUAGAAGGGUCAUGUACGGUCUUUCUGUAGACGAUUUAGAAGAAGAUAGAAAUCUUUCUUCAGUUGCUACAAGGAAGCUUUUGGCUGCGGAGAGAUUAGAAAGAGAUUUUGGGAAGUCUAAAGAGAUGGUGAAAUCGGUGGUCGAUGCAUUACAAAGAAAAUCAAAUCCCCAAGACACCCUUAUAAACUCUUCAGAACCGGCUCAAGCUGUGGGGCAUUGUCAUUACGAAUACCAAACUAGCUGGGGCAAAACCGUCGGUUGGUUAUACGAUUCAACGACGGAAGAUGCACACACGAGUAUUGGGAUUCAUUCAAGAGGGUGGACUAGUUCAUAUAUAUCUCCGGAACCACCGGCGUUUCUUGGAUGCAUGCCCCCGGGAGGACCCGAGGCAAUGCUUCAACAGCGGCGAUGGGCGACGGGUUUGCUUGAAAUCCUUUUUACCAAACAAAAUCCAUUGAACGGAAGUUCUUGCAAGAAAAUCAGAUUCCGACAAAGCUUGGCUUAUCUUUAUAUUUUCACGUGGGGUCUGAGGUCAAUUCCUGAGCUCUUUUAUUGUCUCUUGCCUGCUUAUUGUGUACUCCACGGUUCUGCCUUAUUUCCCAAGGGAGUUUGUUUAGGUAUAGUCUUCACACUUGUGGGAAUGCACUGCCUCUACACUUUAUGGGAAUUUAUGAGCCUUGGGUUUUCCGUACAUUCAUGGUAUGCCUCCCAAUCGUUUUGGAGAAUUAAAACCACUGGUAGUUGGUUAUUUAGCAUCCCUGAUAUCAUACUUAAGCUUCUUGGAGUUUCCAAUACCAUCUUCAUAGUCACUAAAAAGACCAUUUCUAAGACAAGGUUAGAGUCCGGGGAUAGACCAUCUCAAAAAGAAGAUGAUGGUUCAAACCCAGAUUCCAAUAAAUUUGAAUUCGAUGGUUCACUUUACUUUUUGCCGGGCACAUUCAUUCUGUUGGUGAAUUUAACCGCUAUAGCCGGUUUUUCAAUGGGUCUACAACGGUCGAGUCGUAGCUAUGGAGGAAAUGGUUCGAGCAUGAUAGAUGCUUGUGGAUGUAUUUUGGUGGUUAUAUUGUUCCUUCCAUUUCUAAUUGGUUUGUUUGAGAAGGGAAAAUAUGGCAUCCCACUGUCUACUCUUUCUAAAGCUGCCUUUUUAGCAGUUUUAUUUGUUGUUUUUUCUGUAAGAAACUAAUAUAUAUAUUUGGGGUUGCUAGGAAAAGUGUGCUAAGUUUAUCAUGACAAUAAAUCCUAUUUAUGCAAUUAAUCGUUAGUUUCUUA